UUGUGUGCCUCGGAUUUGCAUCGUCAUGUGGAAAUACAUAACAAGCUCUUAAUCUACAUACUCUGGAUUAUGGAAAUAAGAUUAGUGUCCAGCUUUACAUCCGCCAUGCUCUGUGGCCGGAUUCCGGGCCUGACUCCCGGCCAGCGGAAUAUGUGCCGCGAGAUGCCCGACGCCCUGAUCGCCCUGGGCGAAGGCCACCAGCUGGGCGCCCAGGAGUGCCAGCACCAGUUCCGGGGACACCGCUGGAACUGCUCCGAGGUGUGGCAGCGCAACGUCUUCGCCCAUGUCAUACCCACAGCUUCGCGUGAGGCUGCCUACACCUAUGCGAUAGCCAGUGCCGGAGCGGCCUAUGCGGUGACCGCCGCCUGUGCCCGCGGCAACAUCUCCACCUGCGGCUGCGAUGUGCGGCACAAGGCCACGCCCACAGCGGGAGGAACGCCCGACGAGCCCUGGAAGUGGGGCGGCUGUUCGGCGGACGUGGAUUUCGGGAUGCGGUACGCACGCAGGUUCAUGGAUGCCCGCGAACUGGAGCGAGAUGCCCGCACGCUGAUGAAUCUACACAACAAUCGGGCAGGCAGAACGCUGGUCAAGAAGAUGCUGCGCACGGACUGCAAGUGCCAUGGCGUGAGUGGCUCCUGCGUGAUGAAGACCUGCUGGAAGAGCCUGCCGCCCUUUCGCCUGAUCGGCGAUAAGCUCAUGAAUAAGUAUCAAAAAGCCAAAACUGUUCAAGCCAUCAAAGGCAAACGUGGACUGAGAUUAGUAUUAAGCAGAAAGAAGCAUGCGGGCACCGCUCGUGCCCCAAAACCGGUCCUGGAUUGGCCGAAGCGCAUGGAGCUGAUCUACCUGGAGGCGUCGCCCAACUACUGCGAGCGGAGUCUGCAGACGGGCAGCCAGGGCACCGCCGGCAGAACCUGCCAGCGGACCGGCCACGGCCCCCAGAGCUGCGACCUUCUCUGCUGUGGGCGUGGCCACAACACGCAGCACAUCCGGCGGACCAAGCAGUGCCGCUGCCAGUUCCGCUGGUGCUGCGAGGUCAAGUGCGACGAGUGCGACGAGAGCUACGAGGAGUUCACCUGUAAAUAGACAGUAAAUAGGAGCAGGACCAGUGCGCUGCUAGUAUUAGGAAAUUCGUUUAUUAAGUAUUAUGAGAAAUGUAUUACACUCACUGACACACAACACGCCACCAUACAGACACAUUCCAGAAUAAAAUAUAUCAAGUUAACAU